CUUGAUGAUCCCACCUGAGUCCGCCGGUUAUUUUGUCAUCUAGUUGUAUGCUUAGUUGGCUGAAAGCUCGCGUUUUUCUUCAGUUUGAUUGUGCCAGCUUGCUUCCAAUGGCGCUUUCCCAAACGGGAAAAUGGUGAAGACCGCGAUUUCUCAGCGUAUACACUCGAAACCUGCUUCGUCAGUAUGUAAGCACAGUGGUGACAGUCGUCGUUUGUCAGCAUGUACUUCCAGGCCGCCAUCUCGAGUAGAGGCGCUGAGACGUAAAAAGCAGACGGAAACCCUCAGAUUGGAUACCUGUUAAAUAAGCAGAUAUCGUAUAGGAUUUGUCAGACGGACAAUUCCCAGCAUGGCCUUUCUACCUACGACACCCUUGGAGACCCAGAAGUGGCUCUUGCGUGUGAGUGCAACCCGACAUGAGGUGCUGUACGCUGUCAAGGCGCCUAAUAAUAAAUGUUCGCGUAUGGUUCCACGACGUCGGCGACUCCCUCGACAUUUCCAGGCUUUCCAGCUUGUAUGCGGAGGAUGUGGAAUUCCAGUUUGGCAACUUGCCUGUUGGCCGUGGUCUUGAGGCCGCGAAGGGCUUAUUUGAGCCACAAUGGGCGAAGUUUGAGACGAUGCACCAUGAGAUCAAGGAUUUCGAUUUAGUAGGCGGCGACAAGAUCUAUCAGGCCUGUGAAAUAUCGUGGACGGUGAAGGAUGAUCCUGAGAAGGAAACAGUCAAGAUCCCCGCCAUGGCUGUGUUCCAUCUAGUCACCUCGGGAGAGGAAAGGGGGCUGAUCAAGGUGUUCAGGGCUUAUUUGAAUACCUCGCCAUUGGAAGCUGCAGUUGCCAGGGCUUCUUAGGACGGGGUGCUUUGCAUGGCCUAUUUUGAUCCAGAACGAUAGAACCUGUCGAAGCACACAAUUCCAAACUCCGAAUUUUAUAUAUAAUCGAAGGGAUUGAAGGGUUCUCCUGAUCCUACAGGUGGUGCCAAGGUGAUUAAUUUGGAAUUUGGUCGUCCUUGAUGAACAAGGCGGCAGCAGCAACAUUUAGUUGUAACUCAUGGUUGGGUUCUUGGCAAGCCCCGACCCGCCUACCCCACCAAACAUAGCUCGCAAGCUCGUAAGGCUGACAUAACUCCAAAUU